ACGAAAAUGUCGAAUGACCAAUUCAAGCUACAGAAUAUAUUCAACGUCCAUGGCAGAGUUGCAUUGGUCACUGGAGGAGGCUCCGGGAUCGGUCUGAUGGCAACUCAAGCCCUGGCAGUCAACGGAGCAAAGGUGUACAUUACCGGACGAAGUGAAGAGAAACUCGCGCGAGUAGUGGAAAGGUACAAGCAGGAUGAUGAUCACAACAAUCCUAUUCCCGGAGAAAUUAUCGCCACCCCAGCCGAUAUAACCAGCAAACAAUCCAUCUCCAAGCUGGUGGAGGAGAUCUCCCGCCGUGAAGAGAAACUGGACAUCCUCAUCAACAACGCUGGGGUGAGUUCUACCCACCAUGCGACUGCCGAGCUGGAAGAUCCAGAAGCUCUCCGGCAAGAGCUGUUCCACGGGGAAGCCAGUGGUUUUGAGAACUGGGAAUCCGCAUACCGAACAAACGUGUAUCAAUGUUUCCUUACCACGACGGCACUGCUGCCUUUAUUAUCCAGGGGCAGCGAGGGAAGCACAGGAUGGAGCAGUACGGUGAUCAACAUUACUUCCAUCUCGGGGAUCAUCAAGACAGCGCAGCACCAUUUCGCAUAUAAUGCAAGUAAAGCGGCUGCCAUCCAUCUGACACGUAUGCUGGCUCAUGAACUGGUCUCGUCCGGGUUGAAAUUACGCGUCAAUAAUAUCGCCCCGGGGGUGUUUCCGUCGGAGAUGACCACGGGAGAAAGCGACGAGGCUCAGAAGAGUCACAUCCCUAAAGAGAAGUUUGAGGGAAAGGUCCCUGCUGGAAGACCGGGGAAGGACGAGGAUAUGGCCAGUGCAGUGUUGUUCGCUGCUACCAAUCAGUAUUUGAAUGGGCAGACUAUCGUGGUUGAUGGGGGGUAUGUUUUGUCGACUGGGACUGUUUAGUUGAGUCAGUUGAAAAAAUAAAUGAACAGUAAUGUAGUUAAUAUGUUCUGCACUGAUGGUAUCAUCAUAUCUCAAUAUAAUUAGCUUGGGUUAGGUUGACCUGUUAGAGGUGAGAGGUGAAUCAAGAGUCCUGGCACAGGUAUCCAUCCAUGUUCUUCAAGUUUAGGACCGCAGCUGAGCGGCUGGACAUAUGUGGCUUUGUGGCAGGCGUAUAGAUUCAUGAAACAGAGAUGCGGUUCCAAAGCCCAGCCUGUAGAUACCGGCUCACGUCCGUCGAUCCGUCGGCUGAAAGCUGCCUAGAUUCUGGGCCACAUUUAAUUGUGUCCCAGUCCCUCAUCUUCUUU